AAUUUAAGAAAAAAAGCCUCGAAUCUUAUUCACCGAAUCACAGUUGUAUGUAGUCUAAAAAGUUGGCGGAAUAUAACUCUGUUGUGUGCAGUGGUCUCUCACAAGGGAAUAAUAGUCUCACAUACAUUCACAAAAACCUGAGCUUUAUUGCGUUGUUGUUGCUGUAGAUGGAGAAGGGUAGAACCGUGGUGGUGUCCGCUCUGCAGUUUGCUUGCACCGAUGAUGUCUCAACAAAUGUCGCCACCGCCGAGAGGCUAGUUAGAGCUGCACAUAAACAGGGUGCGAACAUCAUUCUUAUUCAGGAACUCUUUGAAGGUUAUUACUUCUGUCAGGCACAGAGAGAGGAGUUCAUUCAAAGAGCUAAGCCACAUAAGGACCAUCCCACAAUCCUCAGAAUGCAGAAACUUGCAAAAGAGUUAGGUGUAGUUAUACCAGUUAGCUUCUUCGAGGAGGCAAACAAUGCACAUUAUAAUUCAACAGCCAUAAUUGAUGCUGAUGGAACUGAUCUUGGGAUUUAUAGAAAGUCUCAUAUUCCGGAUGGACCAGGUUACGAGGAAAAGUUCUAUUUUAAUCCAGGUGACACUGGAUUUAAGGUUUUCCAGACUAAAUUUGCAAAAGUUGGAGUUGCUAUUUGCUGGGAUCAGUGGUUUCCUGAGGCAGCCCGAGCAAUGGUGCUUCAAGGUGCUGAGAUUCUAUUUUAUCCUACCGCUAUUGGGUCUGAACCUCAUGAUGGAAGCAUUGACUCUCGUGACCAUUGGAAACGAGUAAUGCAAGGACAUGCUGGGGCCAAUUUGGUACCACUUGUGGCUUCAAAUAGGAUAGGAAAGGAGAUGAUUGAGACUGAGCAUGGAAAAAGUGAGAUAACAUUUUAUGGAAACUCCUUCAUAGCAGGACCUACUGGAGAAAUUGUUUCAAUUGCUGAUGAUAAAGAGGAAGCUGUUCUUAUUGCUCAAUUUGAUUUGGACAAUAUCAAAUCCAUGAGGCAUUGCUGGGGUGUAUUCCGUGAUAGGCGUCCUGAUCUAUAUAAGGUGCUUUUAACAUUAGAUGGCAACAAUCCCGUCCAAUGAUAGAUAAACAUCUUACCUUGUAACUGUUAUAGAAUUAUACCUGGAAUGGUUUAAGCCUUUACAAACUUCCAGAGCGUUUAUCACUCACCAAGAAGGCAAGAACAAGGUACAACGCAAGAAUAUCAUCUGCUUAUUCCAUGCAAUUUAAUAAAUAUGUGGAAUUAAUGAUCAAUCAGCUAAGUAACUUGAUGUUUUGUAGUGCUCUUAUUCAUAAACAAUUCAUCUGAAUCAUUUGACACCAUGUAUGAACAUUGUAUUUCAUUUUAUGCUAUUUCGACACCGAAGUUUUCUGUAGUGUUCUAAAUUUGCUGUUUGCUUCGGGAAGUGAUUUGUUCUGUGUUUAUAUAGA